GCUUUUGCAUUGAUAUUUUGAGACAGGAUCCUGGCGUUUUUUGUGCCGUUUGGUGUGAGUGCUGGAUGCGGGAUGGCGAAGCCCCGUCCCGUGAGCAGACGGAGCCUCGGUUGAAGGUGGUGGCGAUGCGGCCGGCUCGCCCGCUGCGCUGCUCGCCCUUCCGGGCCGUGCUGGGCGGCCUGCUGCUGGUGGCCGGGCUGCAGCUGCUCUACCUGUCGCUGCUGCCGGGGCUGCAGGGCCGGGGGAGGCGGCGAGGCGGCGGCGGCGGCGGCGGCGGCGGCUCCCCCUCGCACGGCCUGCCCGACCCGGAGCCGGAGCGGCGGCGCCGGGAGCUGAGCCGGGCGCUGGAGGGCGGCGGCCAGCCCGACCCGUCGGGCCGCUACCGCCUGUACCCGGACGUCAGCCGGGCGCCGGUGCUCAGCCGGCGGCCCAGGCCCGGCCACGUCCUCGGGCUCGCCACCCACUGCUCGGCCAACAACCUGCACCACCUGCCCGGCCUGGUGCGCCGCUGGCGGGCGCCGCUCUCGCUGGCCCUGUUCGCCACGGCCGCCGACCUGCCCGAGGCCCUGCGGGCCCUCCACCUCCUCGGCCUGCACUGCCCGGGGGUGCGGGAGCUGGUGGCCUUCACCCUGGUCACCCCGGCCCGGGUGCCGGCCGCCUUCCCCCCGGGGGAGGCGGAGCCGGAGGAGGCGCAGGCCUGGGACCCCGACCUCGAGUCGGACCUGGAGCCCGAGCUGCCGCCGCCGUGCCGGCGGGCCCUGCGCCCGGUGCUGCGGCUGCGGCGCCGCUUCGCCAACUACGGGCUGGCCAACGCCUCGUACCCGGGCAACCUGCUGCGCAACGCCGCCCGCCGGGCCCUGCCCUCCCGCUACGUGGCCGUGAUCGACGUGGACAUGCUGCCGAGCGGCGGCCUCCACCGCCGGCUGCUGGAGCUGCUGUCGGCCGCAGGCCCCGGGCCCGGGCCCACCGUCUACGUGCUGCCCGCCCUGGAGAUGCGCCGCAGCCGCCGGGUCCCGGCCGACAAGGCCGAGCUGCAGCGCCUGUACCAGGUGGGCGAGGUGCGGCCCUUCUACGGCGAGCUCUGCCCGCGCUGCCACGCCCCGACCAACUACAGCCGCUGGAUCAACCUGGCGGCCGGGCCCGGCCUCGGCGUCGCCUACACGCUGGCCUGGAGCGACCCCUGGGAGCCCUUCUACCUGGGGCCCCGCUCGGUGCCGCCCUACGACGAGCGGUUCGAGCAGUACGGCUUCAACCGCAUCAGCCAGGCCUGUGAGCUCCACGUGGCCGGUUACUCCUUCGCGGUCCUCGACAACGCCUUCCUCAUCCACAAAGGCUUCAAGGUCGCCGGAGAAUUCCACCCCCAGAAGGACAACGAGAACCGCCACAACCGCGUCCUCUUCCGCCAGUUCAAGCAGGAGCUGAAGCAGAAGUACCCCGAGUCGCCACGCCGGUGCUGAUCGACCCCCGCCCACCGUGCACUUCCUCAGCGGCUGAUAGACAGGCUCACUCCCGAGACUCGGCAGAGUCGGGAGUGGCCUGCCAUAGGAGAAAGAGACCUUGAGGCUUUUCGGGGGCAUUAAACUUGUAUCGGCAGGGGAUCGAAACUCCUGUCCCAGGGAUCUUGUGUCCAUCGGAUACAGUACCGGUGGGGACAGGUCUGUCACUGUGCAACACUGGGGUAUGGUACCGGUGGGGUCAGGUCUGUCACUGUGUAACACCAGGGUAUGGUACCGGUGGGGACAUGUCCGUCACUGUAUAACACCGGGGUACAGUACUGGUGGGGACGGGUCCAUCACUGUGUGACACCGGGGUACGGUACCGGUGGAGAUGGGUCUGUCACUGUAUAACACUGGAGUACGGUACCAGUGGGGAUGGGUCCGUCACUGUAUAACACUGGAGUACGGUACCGGUGGGGAUGGGUCUUUCAUGGUAUAACACCGGGGUACGGGACCAGUGGGGAUGGGUCUGUCACUGUGUGACACUGGGGUAUGGUACCGGUGGGGACGGGUCUGUCACUGUGUAACACCGGGGUACGGUACUGGUGGGGACGGGUCUGUUGCUGUGUAACACUGGGGUACGGUACCGGUGGGGAUGGGUCUUUCAUGGUAUAACACCGGGGUACGGGACCGCUGGGAACGGGUCUGACACUGUAUAACACUGAGAUACUGGUCCGUCACUGUAAAUCUGGGGACUGGUCUGCAUUUCCAAUGAGAACUAAUCUGCCGUGGGACAAAUCAAAGGGAACACAGUAGUCCCGGUUAAAACAUCACACCGGCUAAGCAUACGCCAAACUUGCAAACUGCUGCCCAGGGGAAAAGCAGGUUCUAUCAGUCUCAACAUGUGUGUCUAGCUCUCUGAAUUUCAAGCUGUCAGUAUUUGUUCUGUAAGACUGGAAAUUUCCUCGGGCUUGCCAGUAUUGUUUUAGUUACGAACUAAGUGGAACACUGGAAUUAUGAAACCGGAUAAACACGUUUCGUUGACACUAAACCUGCUGUCGCCGGGCAGGAUUUCAUCUGUAUUAUGUAUCUGUUCUUAUUUUGUAGUGUGUCAGACAUCAAUGCAAUAAAUUAAUUUAUGGAUUAA